GAGCGACAACCGUCUAACCGAAUCACGUCACAGCACGAGGCUGAAGCUCGAAUAUCCCUUUUUGUACAUUCAUCCCUAGUCGCCUUUAGAUUCAGCAGACAAGAUAACCAAUCUAUUUGUCUUGAGAGGAUUUAAUCAUACAUCAUGAGUAAGUUUGGGGUUAUGGUGAUGGGCCCCGCUGGGGCUGGCAAGUCUACUUUCUGCGCUGCCCUCAUUACUCAUCUACAACUUAAUCGUCGCUCAUGCUUCUACGUUAACCUCGAUCCCGCCGCCGAGUCCUUCGAACAUGCCCCGGACCUAGACAUCAAAGACCUCAUCUCUCUCGAAGAUGUAAUGGAGGAUAUGAGCCUAGGACCGAACGGUGGUCUCAUCUACUGCUUCGAGUUCCUCAUGGAAAACCUCGACUUCCUCACAGAAGCCCUAGACUCUCUUACGGAGGAAUAUCUAAUCAUCUUCGAUAUGCCUGGCCAGAUCGAACUCUACACACACGUCCCUAUAUUGCCGGCCCUCACAAAAUUCCUAACCCGAUCCGGUUCCCUUGACAUCCGACUCUGUGCCGCCUAUCUCCUAGAAGCUACUUUCGUAGUGGAGAGAGCCAAAUUCUUCGCUGGCACACUGAGUGCUAUGAGUGCUAUGAUCAUGCUAGAGAUUCCACAUAUCAAUAUCCUAUCCAAGAUGGACCUCGUGAAGGACCAAAUUCGCAAGAAGGACCUCAAGAGAUUCCUCACCCCGGAUACUGGAUUACUCGACGAUGACCCAGCAGAAAUUGCUCGGCAGAAGGCAGAGGGCACCACGGAAGAGGAACUCGAGGCCGCAGAUCCCUUAGAUAAGGAUGCUGUGAUGAAGGGUGCCAGCUUUCGGCGGUUGAACCGAGCAGUUGCGAGUUUAAUCGAGAACUUCAGUAUGGUUAGCUACCUGAAGUUAGACGUGCAAGAUGAAGACAGUGUUGGGUCCAUUCUCAGCUACAUCGAUGACUGCAUCCAAUACCACGAGGCACAGGAGCCCAAGGAGUUGAAGGAUGAAGAAUUCGAUGACAUGGAUGACAUGGACGGUUGAUAUCCGGAGGCUCUUAAUGGCUGCUAGAAUUAGCAAAGGAUGACAAGUAACGACGAAAAAGGCACGGGAAUAUGGAGAUUGAUACCCGGGGAACAUGAAGACAACAUUCUGGGGUUUGUACAAUUGCAUAGCAAUGGCGUUACGGAUUUGAGACAACUUGGCUGAUACCAAAAAAAUCGAUCACAUUUGACAUAUCA